CCUGAAGUAAACCUAAACUUACAGACCGAGAUGCAUGAUGUGCUGCUUGCUUGCUGUCUAAAGUAUGUUCAAGCGGGAGUGAUUUGUAAUUGUAUAAAUAGAGUCCUUUAUCCCUUUUUCACUGUAUGGUCUGGGAUAAUUUGCUAUCAUACAAACAACAUUUGUGAUUUCCACGACAGGUCUCCGCAACUUUAUAUAUCGAAUGACAAGGCACCGCAACAUUCUGCGCUUUGGAGAAAAACCCAGCACCUCGGGUAUUUAGUUUUCUGUUUUCUCGACGCCAGGGCAAGGAAUCACCCGAGGGACUACUAUAAGCAGGUUGUUAUUCAUUACGAAAAGUCAUUGUUACGAAGAAAUACGUGGGUUUCGGGGCCUAGGCAACUCUUCGAGAGCAUAUAUACGUUUCAGGAUUUGUUUCUCGACCGUCAGGGCAAUCAAGCCUGCCCAACAUGAUUUACCACAACGGCUUUUGGAUCAACGAGAAGGCCAGGAACAACCCCUUUUAUCCGCCCAAGACUGCCAGCAACGGACAGCCUCCCAACACCAACUGCCGCUGGGACUUGGAGUACGCAUUCGACUCAGAGGAGGAAUCCGACUCGAGUGGAGAUUACAAGGGCAACCACCAUGACCAGCUGCUUCUGACGGCCGAGACUUUGCGGGAUGGAACCACCUUGAAGGGCACAAGCUCCGGCCUUUCGCCGACCACAGCAUCCUCAACCACGGAGAAUAGCCGCAAGAGACGCAAGGGCAAUGAUUGCUCCAUCGUGCCCAAGAUCACCGUCACCUCUCCGGACGGCCUCGUCUCCUACGGCAGCUGGGAUACUCAUGUCCGCAUGGUCAGGCUGCAGACGUCGCCGCCCGACGCGCGACUCCUUCACUUCGAAUGGAGACCGGCCAGGACUUCGGCGGAGCCCGGUUGCCAGUCAUCAUCGCUACAGCAUGAGCAGGGACAGUUCACAUUGGCCACGAUCGACGAUGGUAUCGCCAGGCUGGUGAUGAAGAAGAAGGUCAACGUUGAGGACAGGAACGGUGAUGAUAAGCUGCUAGACUAUGAGGAAUAUGAUUGGGACGAUUAG